UAUAUAUAUAUAACCGACAUUUGGAACUUGCUAUUCAAUUUCAAACCCUAACAUUAGUCUUUCUCAAAAAUUUCCUUUCACCUUUCGGAUUUCAAUUUUCAACAGCAACUUAGCUAAUAGAUGGCAGCUAAACCCCUGACUAACGAAGCAAUUGCGCUCACCGAGAAGAAAAUGGAUAUGACAUUAGAUGAAAUCAUUAAAAUGUCAAAGAGUGAUGGUACAAAGCCUAAGAGAGUUUCGAAUCGAGGUCAAAAAUUUGUUGACUAUGCUGCUCGAGAUAAAUCUUCCAAAUCCCGGACGUUUAUGGACACACGAUCAUCUCUUAGACAGGGAGCUCUUGCUCGAAGGAGGUCAAACUUUCAGGGGAACCAAAACUUUCAGGGAAACCAGUUCCCUUUGGCAACGGAGGCUGCUAGAAAGGCUGCUGUUGCUCCAAUUCGCAACAGACCUUUUAAUCGAGGCAGACAAUUCAAUGUGCACAAACCAAGCUUUGGGGGCCAGGCUGUCAAAAAGGUUGCUGCUAAUGGAGGUGGCUUUACUGUGAAGAAGCCAUUGCAACAAGGCAAUGUAAUGCCGAAGAAGAAGCCUACUCAAACCCUAGACUCUCGUUUUGCUAACAUGAAGGAGCAAAGGAUGAAGGGAUUAUCUCAACAGAAUAAUGGACAGAGAAAUGGCGGUGGCCAAGCUGGAGUGCCAUGGGCAAGAAAUCGUCUUCGCAAUUGAUAGUAUCGAUACUCGAUAAUCUGUUACGGCAAAUUCUACAUUUAGUCUUUGAAGUCUGUUUACUGGUACAAUCUUUUAUAUUCAAUGGUAUUUGUACAGCUUUUUCAUUGUGAUUUCGGAAAAUGUGACAAGUAAAAUUUGUUGUAAUUUGCAAACGGAUGUUCUCUGAUUUACGAGAAUUUGGUUUUCAUAUAAUCUACGCGCAACUCCCUUCAGGUUCGG